CCGCACCCGCACACGCUCGUGCACCGCCUCUUCGAGGGCGUGCUCACGUCCGAGACGCGCUGUCUUACGUGCGAGACCGUCUCCGCGCGCGACGAGUCCUUCCUCGACCUCUCGAUCGACAUCGAGCAGAACUCGUCCGUGACCGCGUGCCUCCGCCAGUUCAGCGCGAGCGAGAUGCUCUGCCAGCGGAACAAGUUCUUCUGCGACAGCUGCUGCGGGCUACAGGAGGCCGAGAAGCGCAUGAAGAUCAAGAAGCUCCCGAACGUGCUCGCGCUCCACCUGAAGCGCUUCAAAUACCAGGACGACGUGCAGCGCUACAUCAAGCUCGCAUACCGCGUCGCGUUCCCGCGCGAGCUCCGCCUGUUCAACACCGUCGACGACGCGGAGGACCCUGACCGGCUGUAUGAGCUGUUUGCGAUCGUGGUGCAUAUCGGGAACGGCCCGCACCACGGACACUACGUCACCAUCGCGCGCGCGCCCGAUGCCGGGUGGCUCGCGUUCGACGACGACAAGAUCGAGUCGGUGCGCGAGGCGGACAUACCGCGAUAUUUUGGAGACUCGCCCGCGGGCGCCGCGUACGUCCUUUAUUACCAGGCGGUCGAC